GAAGAUUAUAAUAUAUAUAGUAAGAGUUAUAUAAUAGAUUAGUAAUCCAUAAUGAAUUUCACUAAACCUGUAAGAAGAAUUCUAACCGCUGAAGAUUUAGACAAGUGGAUAGAUAGUCCUACUUACACGGCCAUUCUUGAGUUUGUGGUGAAUUUACAACAACUGGUUACUGGAUUAACUAAUGAUAAUGCUGAUAUCUAUGUUUCUGAUUCCGUCAAUAAAAUCCUUAAUAUCUUAGAUGAAAUUAAUGCUACUAUUGAUAGGAAUCCCGUAGUAGUAGAUAAGAACAUUUCCAGAUUUGGAAAGAUUGAAUUCAGAGACUUUUAUGAUGAAGUAUCACAAACUUCUAGUCAAUUAUUAAUUCCAUUACUUGGAGAAGCUCAAGCAGCAGAAAUAGAAGUAUCAACUUAUUUCAAUGAAUGUUGGGGGAAUAGAACUAGAAUCGAUUAUGGAUCUGGUCAUGAAUUGAAUUUAAUAUGUUUUCUAUUAUGUUUAAGAACUUUAAAUAUCGUAACAGAUGCGGAUUAUUCGGCCCUUGUUCUAAGAGUAUUCACCAAAUAUAUUACAAUUAUGAGAAGAUUACAAAAGAUUUAUUGGUUAGAACCAGCAGGUUCUCAUGGUGUUUGGGGAUUAGAUGAUUAUCAUUUCUUACCAUUUUUAUUUGGUUCAUCUCAAUUAUCUACUCAUCCUCAUAUGAAACCCAAACUGAUUCAUAAUGAAGAUGUGGUUGAUUUAUACUAUAAGAAAUAUAUGUAUUUUGAAUGUAUUCAUUUCAUAAAUAAUAUUAAAACAUUACCCAAGAAUCAAGAACAGAAAUUAAGUAUUAGAUGGCAUUCUCCUAUGCUAGAUGAUAUUCUGGCAGCUAAAUCUUGGACUAAAAUUAAAGAAGGAAUGAUUAAAAUGUAUAAGGCAGAGGUAUUAGGUAAACUUCCAAUUAUUCAACAUGUCAUGUUUGGAAGUUUAAUACCAUGUCCUGAAGGGGUUACUGAAGCUCAUACUGAUGAAGAUGAUAAUAGUGAUUGUGGUCAUAUUCAUAAUGUUAUCAAUCCAUGGGGUGAUUGUUGUGGUAUCAAGAUUCCUAGUGCUAUUGCUGCAUCAGAGAGUCUAAGAAUUAAUGAAAAUCAACAAAAGGUUCACUACAAACCGGUUCCAUUUGAUUAGUAAAAUAUGUAUAUAUAC